CUUGAUCCUUCUCGUCCAGCCUCGGCACCCGCGACUGCUGCUGCCACCGCCGGCGUCUUGGCCGCCGCCUCACAAAGGGAGGCGGCGCGGGCGGCAGGCACAGGCGCGGGUGCGCUGGGCACGAGCCUCCGGGCAGCCGAGGCCGGGAGACAAAAGGGAGACUGCCUUGUUCGCCUUGCCGGCUCCGAGCUGCCUGCUUAUCUGCCUCCUGCUCCCCCCCCCCACCCACUUUGCUACUGCUCCGCCUCCCUCCCCUCAGGCUGUCCCCGCAGUGCUCCGGGACCCAGCGAGCCUUCGGGGCGUGCGUCGCUGCUGGUGGUUGGGGCUCUAGCGAUAAUAAAUGAUAGAGGAUACAAUGACUUUGCUGUCUCUACUGGGUCGCAUCAUGCGCUACUUCUUGCUGAGACCCGAGACGCUCUUCCUGCUGUGCAUCAGCUUGGCGCUGUGGAGUUACUUCUUCCACACGGACGAGGUGAAGACCAUCGUCAAGUCCAGCCGGGACGCCGUGAAGAUGGUGAAGGGCAAGGUGGCAGAAAUCAUGCAGAAUGACCGACUGGGGGGACUCGACGUGCUGGAGGCCGAAUUUUCCAAGACCUGGGAGUUCAAGAGCCAUAACGUGGCUGUAUAUUCCAUCCAGGGCAGGAGAGACCACAUGGAGGACCGCUUCGAAGUUCUUACGGACCUAGCCAACAAGACGCACCCGUCCAUCUUCGGGAUCUUCGACGGUCACGGGGGCGAGACAGCAGCUGAAUAUGUAAAAUCUCGACUUCCGGAGGCUCUUAAACAGCAUCUCCAAGACUACGAGAAAGACAAAGAAAACAGUGUAUUGUCUUAUCAGACCAUCCUUGAACAGCAGAUUCUAUCAAUUGACCGAGAAAUGCUAGAAAAAUUGACUGUAUCCUAUGAUGAAGCAGGCACAACAUGUUUGAUUGCUCUGCUGUCAGAUAAAGACCUCACUGUGGCCAAUGUGGGGGACUCACGUGGGGUCCUGUGUGACAAGGACGGGAACGCCAUUCCUUUGUCUCAUGAUCACAAGCCAUACCAGCUGAAGGAAAGGAAGAGGAUAAAGAGAGCUGGUGGUUUCAUCAGUUUCAAUGGCUCCUGGAGGGUCCAGGGUAUCCUGGCCAUGUCUCGAUCCCUGGGGGAUUAUCCGCUGAAAAAUCUCAAUGUGGUCAUCCCAGACCCAGAUAUCCUGACCUUUGACCUGGACAAGCUCCAGCCCGAGUUCAUGAUCUUGGCGUCAGAUGGCCUGUGGGAUGCCUUCAGCAACGAAGAAGCUGUUCGAUUCAUCAAGGACCGCUUGGAUGAACCUCACUUUGGGGCCAAGAGCAUAGUUUUACAGUCAUUUUACAGAGGCUGCCCUGACAAUAUAACAGUCAUGGUGGUGAAGUUCAGGAAUAGCAGCAAAACAGAAGAGCAGUGAUCCCUUAGGGGUCACAGCUGCCUUAGACUAAAGGACUUUCAACACACUGGUCUCUUUUAAUGUAGUGAAAGGUGUGGGAGUUACAGUUAGGAUCAUCCAUCCCAGAUACCGGAUUUCCCCUUCCUGGCCAUCUUAAGUCUAUGUGCUGUGAUGAACAGAGGCUGCUCUUGGCCAAUGUAGUUGAGAGGCUGGAAAAUGGUUUCUUUGUGUUUUCCCAACUCUUCCAUCCAAUGUUCAAAAAUAUAUAAAUAUAUAGCUAUAGAUUCACAUGUAUGAUGUGAAUGGCAUAUGUGCCAUAUAUUCUCCUUUUAAGAUUGUUUUCAAGAUCCCUAAAAGGGCCCUCCAGGCAUCAGACUUUGUGUCCUCUCGUUGGAGCAGUGAGCAGGCCAAGCCUCCCAGGAGACCGGCUGCAGGGUCACCUGUGAGUCGGGGGUGAAAGGCAGAGCUAUCCUAAGAAUGCACUGUCCUCCUGAGCCUAGGUUUUCUGCUCUGCAGCAGCCAAGAAACAGAUCUGGACAUGGUUUAUUAUUCUGUGGCUGCUCUUAGAGGCUGAGGGAUGUGGGGAGGAUGCGAGCCGCCUGCACAGCAGAAAUAACCUUUUCCCCACUUUCCCUUUAUUAGUUCAAUAGACUUUGUGUACCACCUGACCAGUCUUUGUGCGUUUAUCCUAGUCGUGCAUGACCUUAGCCUUUUGCUCACACCUUACCUUAUGUGAUAGGCAGCUAUUAAACUUUACCACCAGACACCACGAUUUCUUACAUUACCAAGAAGUGAAAAAAGCAAAUCUCAGUACCAUAAUUCCUUCCAUCUUUAAGGGUAGAUAGGAGAAAUAGUGGCUGAAUCAGUCACAGUGGCCCUUGGGAAGACUGCCAUUUGCACUGGGAGAGAAGGCUGGGGAGUUGGCCUUCCUGAAUUGAGCUCCAGCUGCCCAGUUUUGUGCAUUUUUUCCCCCUCUCCUAUUCUAGUAGCUUUCAAGUGUCUCUCAAGCAGUGUUCUGAGAAGCAGCAGCCUGGCCUAGAACUGCAUGUGUGUUCCCUGAAGCCACACUUUGGAAUUCGGGUGGUAAACUACUGGUCUUCUACUUGACAGUGGAGAGGCAGCAGUCUUUACCAGUUAGCUGCAAAUCACUGAGUUAUUUGGGAGCCAGACUGGCUUCUUUUCAUUUUGUAUCACCAAAGUCAUGUUUCCAAUCUCAGUAUUUUAUGAUUACAUUAACCUAUAUGCUGGGUCAUCCUGUUUCCCUGCUGAGGUGGCUCAAUGGCCAAACAAGAUUUUCAUUGCAUUCCCAUCCCUCUGUGUCUGAAAUGCCAGGGUGUCUGCUUGAUUUUGUCCUUCCAGAGUGGGCAUUUGUCAUUAUAGCUUCUCAAAAGCCCCCGAUCACUGGCCACCUGCCCGCAGUGCUGCUUCCCGGCCCUUCUACAGUUGUGGAACUUUUCUGAAGCAGGUUCGGGAGGAUGAAAAGAUUCUGUGGUGGCCGCCAAGGACUGUAAUCUGUCUGGACUCCUCCAAGCACUUAACCUUACUUUGACUGAAAGAAUUAAUAAUGGUUUCCCAAGAGAUUUGCUUACUUUUGUAAACUGCAGCAUUAGAAUUUACAAUAUUAGAAUCUUGCUGGGGGGAGGGGGUUAGCCACAGAAUGUUCUAGUAUAAAAUACCUGCCACCAUGUCAGUUGGAGUAUUUGCCUGUUGAGAGACACUGACCAUCCGGGUGUGUGUAUUUGUGGUGGGGGUAGAAGGGGAAUAUGGGCAACAUCCCAUUUGUGAUCAGUGAUGGGGCAGUCAGGCCAGGUGGCCUGAGUUUGCUUGGUGAUUUGGGACAUUCUGAUUCUGGAGACAUACCAAAGCCCACCUUCUAACUGGAGUCCAGGAAUAAGCAGUAUCAGCAUGUUACAACACACAGUCAAUUUUCCCUUUUCGUUUUUAACCUAACCCAGAAUUCAUUAGCAAGGGAAAGAUAUUUUAAAAUCCUGUCUUUAUUGUUAUUUUCUAAAAUGAAGACGGUAUGGUUUUGGUGAUAAUGACGAAAAAGAAGACUACUAAAUUAGUAGAUUAGUGUUUCUUUGCCCUGCAAAAUGUCUUAGCAGCUGGUGCUGAGUGCAAGACUUUCAAUCUGAUUGCGCUUCCCAAGGCAUCUUCUAAACUUUGCUUUGUAGAAUUCAUUCAUUUCUGACUUGUAACUAAGUAGGGUAUAUAUUUUUUACUCCCUUUCUGCUUCUUUUUCUCCCACGCUGGCUUGUGGAUUUUUAAAAAAAUAGAAGUUCUAGGCAAAAUAGUAGCAGUUUGACUCAUAGUUAUGUCUAAAGUCAGGCUACUCUGUUCACUUCCCCUGUGCUCCUGGAGUUCUCCCUCCCAGAGCCUCCUCCAGCUGGGGGAGGAGGGUCUGCAGACAUCACCCCAGGAUCUCCAAGGCUCAUUGGCCACUCAGCUCCCAUUUCCUAGGGACAGGGAAGGUUGAGACGCCUUAGGGAAAUUGAUUUGAGAAGUUUGCAUGUGAAGCUUUCCUAAACAGCACUGCCAAAGCUUUGGAGUUGUCACCCAAGGCUGCCCAGUCUCCCUAGCUCGAGUUCGCAUUGCCAAUAGCCCCCAUGGUGCCAAAUUUUGGAAUGGUUUUACAGUCUUUUAGAAAUGAAGCUGGGAAUGAAUAGUCAUGUGCUUCUGAGCCCUUGGCAAGAUGCCAAGCCCAGGGCUUGAUUAAUGCACUGCUCUCCUGCUGCUCCGCCGGUGAUUUGUACUCUUAAAAUGGGUUGGUGUUGGGGUUGGGGGGCGGGGGAGGAGGCAGGGAAAUUUUAAAAAAUUCAUUGUAUCUGCAGUUCUCUAAUCAAAGGCAUAAAUAAUACUUAUAUGGAAAGCUCCAUAGCUAGUUCCCAAGACCGGCAUUUAUGUCACCUGGCCACCUUGCCCAGGGCACUUAACGCUGGGGUCGCUGUUCUGAUACAACAUGACUGUACACGUUACUGGUAACCUGUGGCUACUUUCUAGUCCUUGCCUUGGACUGAAGGCAUUGUCCUCUAAGAUCUUGUCUAUGUGAUGAGUAUUACAGAGAGUGUUUUAUAGAGGUAGGAUCAUAUGUGAUUUGGAUAAUUGAAAACCGGUCUUCUUUGAUACAACUGUUAUGAUUUUAACCCACAUACACCUUGUGCAAACAGAACUGCGUGAAAGAUGACAUCAUCAGUCCUGUCUGGGCUGAUUCUAGGGAGUGGAUCACAAGAAAGAACUGGAUUACUGGGAUAUCUGGCAAAACAUGAGGGACUCACAGAGGGAGUAAUCACUUUUUCCUUUGCCAGGUAUACCGGGAUUUUCCUGAUUAUUUUUUUACCCCCUGAGUUGUUGCCGGAUCCAACUCUCUUGCAAAUGUGAACACAGAAAGUUUAGAAAAGGCAGAAUUUCAUUGCACACUUGAAACCGUAGGAAUACAUACUCUGGAUAAAGUUUUAUUUUCCAAUGAUCUCAGAAAAAUUUUUCCUCCUUUGGACCCAUUAUUAGACUAAAUCUCUUAAUAUUCCCCCCAGAUUGCCUUGGCUCAUCACACCAGCAUCCCUAAUCCAGCUCUGCAGAAAUGUCACGACUAUUAGCUACCCAUGCCAGGGCCUCUUUUAUUGCCUCUGGAUUAAAUUGUUCAUGUGUAGACUUUUAAGUUAACUAGCUAAACACUGCAGGAGUAAUGGAAUAUAAUGUUUCCCAAAGUGUGUUCCACAGAAUACAAGUUCCAAAGAUACUCUUUCAAACAUAAGUUUCCAGGGUCAAAUGACUUUGGGAAACAUAUUGUCUUAGAAAAGUGCAUGUAAGCACAUCAAGGGUUCUAAUUUAAACAUCCUGGGGGGGGGGGGGGGGCGGA